CAUGAAACAUGACCUGUCAACUAUCCACGUCUGCACGUCGGCGAGGUAUAAAUUCCAGAACCGCCUCUCGCGAAAUCGUCAGUAAAUUCAUGCAAUCUUCACUUGCUGUACUCACGUAACAUUUUGCUUAUUACAUUUCUAAAAGGUGCAGGCAUCUUUUAAGAGAAUUAAUAGCUGCAACUCAGGUUCCGUUUUGUAUUUAUUCACGCCAUAACUUGCCGUAAACAGACUGAAAAAAUGAAGUGUCUCGCAUACGCAUCUCUCGUGUGUUUGUUGCUGGUGGUGACUUUCGCCAAACCGGCUGAAAAGCAAGACGAAAACCAGAGCAAACGAGUGAAAGAAGUAAAGCUCAGCGACGAAGAACAUUUUGAAGGGAAGGAACACAACGUUGACUACGAUCACGAUGCUUUUCUUGGAGAAGAGGAGGCGAAAACAUUUCAGAAUUUGAGUCCGGAUGAGAGCAGAAAAAGGCUCGGAAUGAUUGUAGACAAAAUUGAUGAAGAUAAAGACGGCUUUGUCACUGAGGAUGAAUUGAAGAAAUGGAUCGAACACCAACAGCAUAAGUACGACUAUGACGAUUCGGCAAUGCAUUGGAAAAAUCGUAACCCAGACCUCGACGACAAAAUGUCGUGGGAGGAGUACAAUGCGACGACCUAUAGUAACCUGGCCGAGGAGGAACUAGUCAAACUGCCCGAGAACGAACGCAUGGAUUUUGCCAAGAUGGUGCGACGCGACAAGGCGCGAUGGGCCAGCGCCGACGAGAACAAAGACGGCGUGCUGUCCCGGGAGGAGUUCACCGCCUUCCUCCAUCCGGAGAACUAUGACAGGAUGCGGGAGGUCGUCGUGCUGGAAACCCUGGAAGACGUGGAUAAAAAUGGAGACGGGCAGAUUUCCUUGGAGGAAUACAUCGGCGAUAUGUACAGAGAGAACAAUGAUGGCGCCGAGGAGCCGGAAUGGGUGAAGACUGAGCGCGAGCAGUUCUCCCAGUUCCGCGACAAGAAUCACGACGGUUUCAUGGACCUGCAAGAAGUAGGCGAGUGGAUCCUACCGACGGAAUACGACCACGUAGAAGCCGAGGCUAAACAUCUCAUAUUUGACUCUGAUAAAGAUAAGGACAAGAAGUUGACCAAACAGGAGAUUAUCGACAACUACGACCUGUUUGUUGGCAGCCAGGCUACCAACUAUGGCGAGAGCCUGCAGAGACAUGACGAGUUCUAAGCAGGGUAGCCUGUCUACCAUACACCCACUUGCUGUUGGUAACUAAUCACGUCGGUGCCAAACACAUCCUGAAAAAGUACAUGUCGGACCUAAGUCUUAGAUAGUGGUAGUUUGUAGAAAUAGUACAUGAAGACAGGAGUUUUCUUUUUAGUGAUCCACAGAAUUCAGAGCAAUAAACAACAAAGAGUGAGUUGAUCAACCAUAAAUUGACACAUUUUAAACACCAUUAUGGACUUUUUGUUGUUUUGCAACAGGUAUAAGAUUGUGGUGCUACGAAUUAU